AGUUCUGUCGGAGACGCGUUCGUAGAAACACGCCGUGAACGAACUCCUGGUGAAUACGAUAAAUACUUACGCGAAGUGUGCGCGGCGUAUUUUUAACUUUCGAUUAUUAUUAUUAUUAUUAUUAUUAUUAUUAUUAUUAUGUAUUCCGAGAAUUUCUCGAGGGUGAUUUAACCGCGUAUGGACGAAUUAACUCGCUUGUUUCGUUUAAUAUUAACAAACAAAAAUCGUAAUGAACGUGGCUUAGAAAAAGAUUCCCCGUUUAGACCCCGACAAAACCAUGCCAUACCAUUUUUAUAGAAAAAAAUAAUAAAAAAAAAAAAAAAACAAAAACAUUCACAAAGGAAUCGAAAAUGUUAAUCAAUCUAGUGAAAACAGUGGCGUGUUUCUAUUUGUGCUUAUCGAUAACGACGUCAGACGCGUAUUACAAAACUAGCGACCGGACUUUUUUAAAAAAACCGCCCCCGUCGAAUAACCGCGACAAUUACAACAAACAAUCCAGAUAUACUAAAUUCGAUAAGGUCAUGUCGCGUAUCAACAAAUUAAAUUACGACGAAGACCAACCCGACGACGGGGUAUACAGAAUCAGACAUAAAGGCUGGACCGGCAAAAAGAUCUUUUCGACCACCCCCAGUACUACCACCGAAAUGGAUCUGUUCGAAACUUACGGAGAAAUGGAAAACGAAGACGAAUUCGACGAUUACGACACAAAUUUGGAUGAUGACGAUGACGAACUAGAUUACGAUGAUGACGAUGAUGAUUCUAAAGAAGAACACGAAUUCUUUUAUUCGCUCGAUGAAGAUAUCCAAGCGGAAGAAGCGAGUACGUCGCCUCCGAAGACAUUCUCGAAAUUAACCGAAUACAAAUGGAACCAUUUCGGUACCAAAGAAAAAGUAGAAGAAUCAAUGCGGAAACAGUUGAAUUUGAAUCCAUCAAGGGAACAAUUGAACGUGAACGCCGUAAUCGAACAUUAUAAACGCGUCAAUCAACAAUCGAAAUGUUCGACGCCGUUACCUAGAGUGAUCUCUGUUCAACAGGAGCAUCCGAAUCCAUCGAAAAGUUACAUACCGGCUUGCACCGUUCUACACCGAUGCGCAGACGAUUCCGGCUGUUGUAAAAGACACACUAGAUGUCAGUACAAAACUAGAACUUUGGUCUCCCUUUAUUUUUAUGCUAAAGUGAUCGGAAAUGACCAUAGUACAGUAGAAAGACUUGAUUUUUACAAUCACACCGAAUGUGAGUGUAAGGAAACAGAAGACAUUCCUUAUAAAAUCGAUUCUGGGAAAAGUUUCGAUUUGGAAACGCAACAAGAUAUCGAUAAUAAUACCAGUUGUAGUUGUCCGAAACCUUAUAAACCUGUUAUUAAGUCACACAAAUGCGCAUGCGAUUGUGACGAAAAUGACGAAGACUGUAUUACACUUAAAAGGGGAAACGAACAUUUCAGUAUGACCAAUAGAAUAUGCAUUCAAGACAACCUGUGCGGGAUGCCGAGCUGCGAAUACGGAGCUUACAUGAUCAGCGAAGGCAAAUGCCCAACAAAACAAGACAAACUGGAAGAAUUUAGAAAAAUCCGGAUUCACAAAUGAGAUCGUCAAUAAAUUGUCGUCGAUAGACUGGACGUAAACUGAAAAUUUUCAUAACAGUUUUAAUUAAAUAUAAUUUUAGCAAUUUCUUAUUUAUAUUUUAUCGAAAAGACAAUGUUUUACCUCAUUAUUAAUUCUCUUAUCAAAAUUAUAGAUAUUUUAAUAAAUAUAUUCGAAUUUAUCAUUAAACAGGCAUUUAACUUAAGCAAUUAAAAUACCAGUGAUAUUUCUGUGACUCCAUUUAUAUUUAUUACAUUACCUUCAAUCAUAUUUCAAAGACGUUAAUUAUAUUCUAUAAUAAAUCAUAUAAUACUUAAAUACAUAUUCAAUUACCAAUAAGACAAGUUUUAUUGUCUUUGAAUUAUCCAUAUAGAUACGUAUGUAGGUGCUAAAUUUCAAUAAAUGUACAUAUAUACCACAA